GCACAAUCACUUUCCUCCUGUUUUAACCACUGUCUUUGAAGUCCUUCAGAAGACACAGAAUAAAGAGCUCGAAGCCUCCGUCUAUCUUCCUCUCGCUCCCUCUGUAUUUCGUUGACCUAUGAAUCUCUCUUCGAGGAAACCACAAGUUGCGCAUCCGCAAGCUCGAGAUCUGCAAUUUGUAAGGCUCAAUUUCGUAGUUCCAAGAUCUCUCUUGAUAGCCUGAAAAAAGGGUACGGUUCUGGAGUUCAACUCACUGCAGCCCCAGCGGCCAAGUUACAGGUUCUUGAGUGUCUGAGUACUUAUGUUUGUUUACAGAUCUGGGUUUGGUUGUACUUUUGACUUUGUUGAUUGAUUGGAAAUGUCGGUUUUACUGAAAAGCGAUUCAAUUCAAAUUCGAGAGGUUUGGAACGAUAACCUUGACGAAGAGUUUGCUCUGAUUCGUGAAAUUGUUGACACAUAUAAUUAUGUUGCGAUGGACACUGAGUUUCCCGGCGUGGUUUUGCGCCCAGUAGGGAAUUUCAAGAACAUUAGUGACUAUAACUACCAAACUUUGAAAGAUAAUGUUGAUAUGUUGAAGUUGAUCCAGUUGGGUCUCACUUUCUCCGACGAAAAUGGGAGUCUUCCUACUUGUGGAACCGAUAAGUUCUGCAUUUGGCAGUUCAAUUUCAGGGAAUUUAAUGUAACGGAAGAUAUAUUCGCAAGUGAUUCCAUUGAGUUGUUGCGCCAAUGCGGAAUUGAUUUUAAGAAGAAUAAUGAAAAGGGUAUUGAUGUCAAUCGGUUUGGUGAGCUUUUGAUGUCGUCGGGGAUUGUAUUGAAUGAUAAUGUCCAUUGGGUUACCUUUCAUAGUGGGUAUGAUUUCGGAUAUUUGCUGAAGUUGUUGACAUGCAGGAAUUUGCCGGAUUCUCAAGCAGGGUUCUUUGAUUUGAUUAACAUGUAUUUUCCCAUGGUAUAUGAUAUCAAGCAUUUGAUGAAGUUCUGCAAUAGCCUUCAUGGUGGAUUGAACAAGCUUGCCGAGUUACUGGAGGUGGAAAGAGUUGGUAUUUGCCAUCAAGCAGGCUCCGAUAGUCUACUCACAUCUUGCACUUACAGGAAGUUGAGGGAUAGCUUUUUCAGCGGCUCAACAGAGAAGUAUGCUGGUGUUUUGUAUGGACUCGGUGUCGAGAACGGACAGAAUACUACCAAUUGAAAUUAAAAAUAAUGGGGGAUUGAUUGAUAGAUUUGUGUAGACUACUCAAAUGUGAGACUGAAUUCUCUUUGUAUACGAUGGCAAAAGAUUGUUGCUUUAGUUGUGACUUUUAUCCUUUGGUUGAUCUGUAACUGAAAAACCUUGAUAGGUUUUGUAGUUUGAGUUUCUUGUAAAUUACUGAAGUUAGUGUUUCAAUAAUAAUGUUAAUGAUUUCCAACUUC